ACAACUAUAUUGAUUAGAAAGAGAUCUAGGCUACUUAUAUUUUGAGCCAGUCCAGAGUCCAGAUAGGUGUUGAGUCUGUUGACUUUAAAACUUUAAUUUGUUAGGACAUAACCCAUCGGCUCUGCUCAACCGGUUCAUCCGAUUCAAAUGAAUGACUGGCUCACAAAUCGCACUUGGCAAAUCUAGUGUCCAGAUUUUGGAGUAAAACGUCUGUUGUUAGAAUUAGUCGUCGUCAUGAUGAUUAAAAUAAUCUUGCUUUCAGUUGUAAUGGCACACACCCACACUACCACCAUCAACGAGAGUAAUGUAAGCAGCGUUGAAGAGGCUGAUGAUCCAAUAGAUUACAACAACCUUUCUGAUGAACUUUAUAGAUGGGAUGGUCCGGAAACAAAGAGUAAUGUAAGCAGCGAUGAAGAGGCUGAUGAUCCAAUAGAUUACAACAACCUUUCUGAUGAACUUUAUAGAUGGGAAAGUCCGAAAACAAAUCCUGACUGCGGUUCGCCUGCUUCAUCUUACAACAAUACCUCUAAUCGGAGUUCUUCAACUAUGCCUACUAUUCCCCCCUGUUUUGUUGGUGGGUUUUUAAGAAAAAAUAAGCCGCAAGCACCAAAAAAGACCAAUACAUCAUCAUCAGCAGAAGCAUAUAGUCACAACACUACAGUAAUCCCCGAAACAUUUAACAUCUUGGAUGAGGCUGUUCUCUUCCUCAAAGGCUUGAGGGUCACACGUGUCAUGCCCUCGUUCUACAUCUUGGUUGUCCUCAUUAGUUUGCCCCUGAACGCUUUGGCCUUGGUGACGUUCACCUGUAGGAUUCGAGUGAAGAAACCAGAUGUGAUCUACAUGUCUAACCUGGCGUGUGUGGACCUGCUCUUCACCCUGCUGCUGCCUCUGAAGAUCCACUACCAGCUGAACGCUUCAGAUUGGGUGUUCGGUGAGGUGGCGUGUCGUGUGCUCAGUGCUGCUUACUACUGCAACAUGUACUGCUCCAUACUGCUGAUGAUGUGCAUGAGUGUGGACAGACUGCUGGCCGUGGCGCUUCCCAUCGCCUCUCUAACCUGGAGGAGUGCGAGGAAAGCCACGUGUGUGUGUGUGCUGGUCUGGCUGCUGGCGCUCGCUGGGACGGUGCCACUUCUCUCAAUGACACAAACGGCCAAGAUUAGGGAUGUGGGCGUCACUUGUCAUGACGUGACGUAUCAAACACAGAAGUAUGUGUACCUGUUCCUUAUCCUAUCCUGCCUCUACUACUUCUUGCCACUGGUUGUCACCUUAGUGAGCUCCUUUACCAUAGUAUAUGUGCUUAGUGUAAAGUCCCAUCGCUUACCAAAAAAAAAAAUAAGAAGAGCUGUGAUUAUGGUUAUCACCGUGCUGAUGGAGUUUGUGGUGUGUUUCGCUCCAACCAAUGGCAUCCUGUUGUAUCACUGUGUUCUUUUAGCUACUGGAGGGGAGGGAGAUUCAUCAUAUGCUGCUUACCUGUUGGCUGUGUGUUUGGGGAGCGCAAGUGUUUUCCUGGACCCUCUACUGUACUACUAUGGCUCGUCUCAGUGCAGACAGCAGAUCAGAUCUGUGUUUUGGUGCAGAAAGGCAAAAAAAGUGAAAACGCCAUCAAACAUAUGAAAUGCUCUCAGUACAGCUGCACAAUGACAAUACAAAACAAAAUGUACGAAAUGAAUUGGAUAUCUUUUAAAACAACAACAACAACAACUAUAUAAUAGCUUGGAAAGUUUUCUAUAUUGUAUUUAUCUGGCAGUAUUAACCGAUAUGAAAUUAAGUGUUGCUGUUGGUGUUCAAUAUCUUUAUAUGCACUCAUGUAUUAUUCAAUUUACUUGUGCAGUACCCUUGCAAAUUUUAAAUUAUUAUUUAUUUUUUAUUUAUUUUAUUUUAUUUAUUAUUA